AUGGCAGACACGGUGAAGAAGAACUUCGGUGGCGGGAACACAGCCUGGGAGGAAAAGUCUUUGUCAAAGUAUGAGUUCAGUGAGAUCCGCCUGCUGGAGAUCCUGGAGGGCCUGUGUGAGAGCAGCGACUUCGAGUGCAACCGCCUGCUGGAGGAGCACGAGGGCCUCCUGGAGGCCUGGUGGCUACAGCUACAGAAGCAGGCCCCCGACCUGUUUGAGUGGUUCUGCGUGGAGACGCUCAAGUUCUGCUGCUCUCCAGGGACCUACGGGCCCGACUGCCGGGCAUGCCCUGGUGGCCCCCAGAGGCCCUGCAGCGGGAAUGGGCAGUGUGACGGCGCAGGUAGCCGGCAGGGAGACGGGGCCUGCCAGUGCCACAUGGGCUACAGCGGGGCGCUGUGCGCAGACUGUCUGGAUGGCUACUUCAGCGCACUGCGCAACGACACACACAGCGUCUGCAGAGCCUGCCACGAGGCCUGCAAGACGUGCACCGGCCCUACUGAACGGGACUGCACCGAGUGCGAGACUGGCUGGGCGUACCAGCAAGAUGCAUGCGUGGAUGUGGACGAGUGCACCGCAGAGACGGCUCCCUGCGACGAGAACCAGUACUGCGAGAACGUCCCUAGUUCCUACUCCUGCGAAGACUGUGACGCUACGUGUGUGGGGUGCACAGGCAAAGGUCCCGGGAAGUGCAAGGAGUGCGUUCCCGGCUACGCCAAGGACGAGAGCGGCCAGUGCUCAGACGUAGACGAGUGCUCACACCCAGAAGGGCCGUGUCUGCGUGAGAAUGAGAACUGCUACAACACCCCGGGGAGCUUCGUCUGCGUGUGCCCCGAGGGCUACAAGGAGACUGACGGCGCCUGUGUGCCCACAGUGGAGGGCGAAACGGAAGGAGAGAGGCUGAUACAGCCCCCACCCCAUGAAGACCUAUAACAUGGCUGCGUCAGAAGACACCAGACCUGCCCUUAAAUUAUUCAGCCUCGGCUGCAGAAACCCACCUCCCCCAGAGCCCUCUAUUUUGAUACAGCCCUUUCUAAUAAAGCUGACCGUUGGAA